AUAAAACUGCAAAAAUCAAGGUUAACGAUUUACUUUUUGUUGGGUCGAUCAAAUAGAUUUGAUCUGGUUUAGUUUUAAAAUGAGUGAUUUUAAUGUAUGUGUUAAGAACAUUACGUCAAAGUUUCCUGUCAUACUGAAUGAUACUUUUAAAAAUGUACCAAAAAUUUCAACCAAAUUGGGGAAAAAAAGCUCACAAAAUAUUGUCAGCAGAUACCUACUUAUAUUAUGUGGAGUUAUUGUUUUAACAUGGUAUUUACAAAUGUUAUGGAGAAGGAGGCGUUUAUACUAUUACUAUUACAAAACACCAGGUCCCUUAAAUCUUCCAUUUAUCGGUGUUGGCUACAAAUUUCUGACACGAGAUUUAGGUGUAAUGUUACAACGUUUAGUAGACGUACAAAUCGCUUAUCCAAAAGUUGCCGCUGUUUGGUUUGGACCUAAACUUUAUUUCUUAGUAUCAAAACCGGAAUAUGUGGAAAAAGUAUUAAUGAAUCAGUCAGCUUUAAACAAAGACCAUCUCUAUAAGUUCCUGAGUAAUGUUGUCGGAGAAGGUCUGCUGUCUGGAAGAGCUAGAAUAUGGAAAAAGCAUCGCAGAGCUAUAAUGCCAGCUUUUAAUCAAAAAAUACUCGACGCUUACCAGGAUAUAUUCUGGAACAAAUCAGAAAUACUUGUGAAUGUGCUUGAAAAAGAAGUUGGAACUAAAAAUAUAGAGCUAUUUCAUUUUCUAUCUUGCUGCACUUUGGAUAUAAUAUGUGAAACAGCUCUUGGAAUAAAUAUGAAUACUCAAACGACUAACGAAACGGAAUUUGCGAAAGCUUUAGAUAAAUUAAUGGAAAUUACAAGUCUAAGGACCCUUCAUUUCUGGCAUCAAUUGACAUUUACUUGGAAAUUAUAUCCGAUAAGCAGAGAGUUUGACAAAUCUUUGAAAAUAUUUGACGAUUUCGUAUCUACUGUAAUAUCAAAUAAGCUAAGAGACUAUUCGAGUAAAUCUACCAGAAGAAAUUCGUGCUUUGAAGAUGCUGUCGCCCCGAUUGUCAAAGCUUCACCUGGCGAAGCUUUUGCGUUUUUAGAUCUUAUUUUGGAAAAUACUAAAUUCUCUGAGCAAGAACUACUAGAUGAAGUCAAAACAUUUUUGGCUGCAGGCACUGAUACAACAGCGUCUACUCUUUGCUUUGUUUUUACUAUGCUCGGAUUGUUCCAAGAUGUACAGCAAAAGGUUUACGAAGAGUUUAUUGAUAUUUUGGGACCAGAUAGAAGAUCUUUCCCUGAUGAUCUCGCAAAAAUGAAAUAUACAGACAGGGUAAUAAAGGAAACGUUGAGAUUGUUUCCUGUAGCUCCAUUAAUAGUAAGAUCGUUGCUUCAGGAUAUCGAUGGGGGUGAUAUGGUAUUUCCAAGAGAAAGCUCGGUCAUUAUUGGUAUCGUAUUUCUUCACAGAAAUCCUGCCUACUGGCCUGAUCCACUUAAAUUUGAUCCAGAUCGGUUUUUACCCGAAAAUACUGCGAAAAGACACCCGUGCGCAUAUAUACCGUUUUCUUAUGGACCAAGGAAUUGCAUAGGUGGAAAAUACGGCAUGAUGAAUAUAAAAACAAUUUUGGCUACCGUUUUGAGAAGAUAUAAAAUCUUUACGGAAUAUAAAAGCGUUGAAGAGAUUAAAGUCACAACGAACCUUGUCUUGAGACUGAAAGAUGGACCCAAAGUGUGGAUUGAACCUAGAUAAUUUAAAAUUACAAAAUUAACAAUAUAUCACAAUUAUAUUUAUAAAACAAUUAUUCAAGC